GAAAGACCUACAGCAGUCAUAGUUAAAGGUAGUAGCCCGGGAGUUGGAGUGGGUAAGUUUAAUAAUAUCUUAAGAAUAUCAUAUUAUAUACAUUAUAAAUAUAUAAAUACAAACAUACAAUGGAUAAUUGGAUAAGUUCCGGAUUGACUACUCAGGCAGCGUUGCCGGGAGUCCUUGAUGGAUUACCUAAAAUAGUCAGUUAUUCUGAUCCAUUAUUAAGUCAGAUUAUAGCUGCUAAGAAAGGUCUACAAUUUACAUUAGAAUCAACAUUACCGCAUGAUGAAGAGAAUGAAGAAACUGUCUCUUCUAAUUUUACUGAUAAAUCGUUAAUUGAGUUGUUGAUUGCGGCUUGUGAUGGAGAUCAAGUAACUCUUGAAUCUAUCUUAAGAACCAAUCCACAUUUGGUUAAUCAAUUAUAUCCUAAUGAAACCAAGGGAAUUAGUCCAUUAAUAUAUGCCAUUUGUUUCAAUAAUUAUGGAGUGGCAGAUUCUUUAUUAUCUCAUCAUAAUGCUGAUCCUGAUUUAUAUGAUACCCUAUUAAAUUAUACUCCAUUAAUGUGGGCUGUAUAUUUAAAUCAAUUAAAUAUGGUUAAAUUAUUAUUAAAUUAUCAAGCUGAUCCUUAUUUAGAUCCUAAAGGUACAGGAAAGGAUGCAAUUUCACUUGUUAAUCCUGAAAAUAUUCAAAUGUAUGAAUACUUUUCAAUGCAUAAUUUAUUAAAUAAGGGCAAAGAUGAUAAUGAUAAUGAUAAUAAUGGACAUAAUUCAUUUUAUAAUUCUACUUCAUUUGGUGGUGAAGAAGAAAAUGAAGUUGAUGAUUUAACUACCAAACUUAAAAUGCAAAGAAUUGGAGUUUAUACUGAAGAUAAUAUCGAAGAACAAAAUACUAAUGAUGAAGAUGAUGAAUAUACUUUAUCUAAAGAUGCAAUUAUUCCAUUAUUAGAUGAGUUUGAUUAUGAAAAAUUAUUACCUGAACAAUUUUUAAAAUUUACUGAUAGUGAUAUUCCUUCAUUACUUGAUUAUAUAUUUAAUUUAAGAAGUUCUAAAAUUCAAUUUCAACAUGAUACAAAAAUUCCUGCUGCUAUAUUAUUUCAAUUAAUUCGAUAUUCUCAUAAUAAAGUUGAUAGUAUUGAAUUAACUGAAUUUUUAUUUGAAUGUUUUACUGCAAGAUUAAGAUCAGUAACUAAUACAAAAUCAGGAGCAUUUAAUAUGGCACUUCAAGAUUCAACCAAUAAUAAUAAUGGUAGUAGUAAUUCAUCUUCUUCAACUACUGCAACAGCAGUAGCAGGAGGUGCAGGAGAUAUUGUUUUAUUAAGUUAUUGGUUAUCAGUUCUUCAAUUUUUACAUUUUUAUUUUGCCAAGAGUGAAAUAUAUAAAAGUUUCCCUAAAUUUUUACAAGAAAUUAUAAAUCUUGUACAAUCUUUAAUAGCUACUUUAUCAUUUUCAAUUAAUUCAAGAUUAAAUCUUUUAGUAGAUGAUUGUUUACUUAAUUUUACAAAUCUUGUUGAUGUUUCAAAUGUAUUAUAUGCUAAAGAUUGGAAUUUAUUUAAAUCAUCUAAGAAACAUCCUAAUACUUAUGAUGAUAUUUUUAAUAUGUUAUAUCCACCAUCUCAAAAUGAAUUAAUGAAACCUUCUCCAAUUAGAUAUGUUCAAGUUCUUGGAGCUUUAGAUUAUGUAUUAAAAGUACAUAAUGUAGCCAAUUUAUUUAAAGUUCAAGCCUUUUCUCAAGUAUUUUAUUAUACUAAUAGUACCAUAUUUAAUCGAAUAAUAAGUCAAUCUAAAUAUUGUACUAGAUCCAAAGCUAUUCAAAUUCGUCUUAAUAUAUCUGCAAUUGAAGAUUGGUUAAGAUCUCAUGAUCUUCAAAUCAAACGUCCUGAAUUUUCAGGAAGUUUAAAGAAAUUACUUAAUGAUUCAUCAAUUCAAUUAGUUAAUUUGGCUUUAGAAGAUGAAGAUGAAGAUGAAGAGCAAUCUAAAAAGAAUCCUCAUCAUUUAGAUUUCUUAUAUAAUUCAUUAUAUAAUAUUGGGAAGAAACAAUUACAACCAACUAUAGAAUUAUUACAAUUCUUACAAUGUUUAUCACUGUUAUCUGAUGAAGAAAGUUUAAUAACUACCAUUAAUCAAUUUGAUUCUUUAAAUUAUUAUCAAUUAUAUAAAAUCAUUCACAAAUUAUAUAAAUAUGAAGUGGAUGAACCUAAAUUAUCUAAGAAAUUAGUUAAUUUAAUUAAGAGUUUAAUGAAUGAACAAGGAGAAAAUCAAAUAUCUAGAAGUCAUUUACAUUAUAUGACUCAAAGUACUUUCCUUUCUAAAGAAGUCUAUAUAUAUUUAAACCCCAAUUUUAUAUUUGGGGUUGCAAUACCUUCUUUAACCGAAUUAAUUAAUACUUUUGGAGCAGGAAUUGGAGGGGUUAAAGUCUUGAGAGCUAAGAAAUAUCAACCAACCUUACCAGUUGCUAUCUUGGAUGAUAUUGAAGAAAUCUUUCAGUCUAAUAAAGAUAGUAAUUUCAAUGAUACUUAUGAUUACGAUAAAGAUGGUGAUGGUGAAGAUGGUAAUGGUAAUGGUAAUGGUAAUGGCGAAGAGGAGGAUGACUAUGAUGAAGUUCAUCAUCAUCAUAAGUCUGACUUUAAAGGUGAUGAAUUGUUUAAACAAGUUCAACUCCCUAACUCUUUAAUUCAUAAAGAAUGGAAUUCGGGAGAGGAUAAUGCUGAGAAUUUUGAAGAGAAUCCCUGGUGAUAACAGUCAAGUAAAUAGUUAAGUACACAACCCACUAAAAGAAUACUUUUAUAUUAUUAUAUA